CAUUACUUCAUUUCCGCUGGCAAAAAAAAAAAUUACCAAGUAAACAAUUCGCCGGCGGAAGACUUCUCCCUUGCUUUCUUCCUCUUCUCCCUCCCUCGCUAUUUUUUGUGUUUCUGUUUGGACAUCCAAAUUCCAAAGCCUAGGAGGAGCCAAACAACGACUUCCCACUACGACCCCACCUUCCUCUCCUCUUCUCUCUCCCUCUUCUUCAUCUUCUUAGUUCUUCCCCCCCUCCUGGCCUGCCCUCUUCUGCCUCUCCAGAUCUUAACAGCCUGUCCCUCUUCAGCUUCCCAAGUUCGGAUCUUGGCCAAUUUGGAGAUCUACUGUCGAACACAAACCCAGCUCACUGAUUCACUCAUUGAUUUCUCCUCCCCUCCUCUCUCCUCAGGAUAUAUUGCUGACUGAAAGGGGGCUGCUUCACUUCUUGGGCGAUCCCUGAGUUGCAUCAAGUUUUUAGGGGUCAUUUUCAGAUAUAAAUGCCCGUUAGUGGGAUUUGAUUAUGAAGGGAGGAGCUCAAGGGUGGCGUUUUGGAAUGGGUGAUGUACAGAUCUUCCCUGGACCUCGCCACCGUGCUCCAUUGAAGAGGCCCGUAUGGAUCAUUGUCUUGGUUUCUAUGGUCAGCUUGUUCCUGGUUUGUGCCUACGUUUAUCCACCUCAGAGUGGCACAGCUUGUUACCUCUUCUCUUCCAGAGGCUGCAAGGCUUUGUCCGAUUGGCUGCCACCUGCUCCAGCUAGGGAAUUUACUGAUAGUGAGAUAGCUUCACGAAUUGUAAUUAGGGAGAUCUUGAGUGCCCCUCCUGUCAAAUCUAAAACAUCUAAGAUCGCGUUCAUGUUCUUGACUCCUGGUCAGCUGCCUUUUGAGAAACUGUGGGAGAAGUUCUUCAAUGGUCAUGAAGGGAAAUUCUCUGUUUAUGUCCAUGCCUCCAACAAUAAACCAGUGCACGUGAGCCGGUAUUUCGUUAAUCGGGACAUACGCAGUGAACGGGUGAUAUGGGGAAAGAUAUCGAUGAUUGAUGCUGAGAGACGCCUUUUAGCCAAUGCUAUGCAAGAUCCUGACAAUCAGCAUUUUGUUCUGCUCUCUGAUAGCUGUAUACCAUUGCACAAGUUUGACUAUGUCUACAACUACCUGCUGUAUACAAAUGUCAGCUUCCUCGACUGUUUUUAUGAUCCUGGUCCUCAUGGCAAUGGCAGAUAUUCAGAGCAUAUGUUACCUGAAGUUGAAAUAAAAGAUUUCAGAAAAGGUGCACAGUGGUUCUCAAUGAAGCGGCAGCAUGCUAUGAUAGUUUUGGCUGAUAGUCUUUACUACUCGAAAUUCCGCGACUACUGCAAGCAUGGCAUGGAUGGAGGGAAGAACUGCAUUGCUGAUGAGCACUAUCUGCCAACCUUUUUCCAUAUGAUCGAUCCUCAAGGAAUUGCAAACUGGUCAGUAACAAAUGUUGAUUGGUCCGAGAGAAAGUGGCAUCCAAAGUCAUACAAGGCUCACGAUGUCACUCGUGAACUUAUAAAGAAUCUUACGGUAUCGUCUUUCUUCCGAUGAAGCACAUGUGAAUCUGCUUAGAAUGCCUUUUAUAGCUUGGAUACAUUCUCUUCCUUAGCGGCAUUAUGAAUUAUCCAUGGAUGUAACUGAUAAUUACCAUACUCUCAUGUUUAUGCAGUCAAUUGAUGUCAGUGUACAUGUAACAAGUGAGGAAAAGAGCUUGGAUGUGGAUGAGCAGCCAUGCAUAUGGAACGGGAUUCAAAGGCCGUGCUAUUUGUUUGCGAGGAAAUUCCAUCCAGAGACUCUCGAUAAUCUGCUGCAACUCUUCUCUUCCAACUAUACAGCCAGAUGAGUGACAUAGUUUUUGACUCUUUUAGAAGAAUUCUUUGGUUGGAUGAAUCAGUGCUUUCUUUGAAAAUUGAUACACCUCCCAUUGAAAGAAAAAGAACUCUUGUGUAUCUUAAGAAAAGGGAUUUCUAAGUCAGCCCCUCCAGAUGAAAAGCAGCGGUUGGAUUUCUUGAUUCAUAUUAAGCUAAGGGGAGGAUAGUGAUGAGGAAUAUAGUUCAGAGUUAUGGUGAGAAGGCAAUGGUGCUGGCUAACAGAAUGUUUGGUGGGAGAAAUAGAUGAGGAAAAUUGGCUGCAGCCUUUACUUGUUCUCCAUUUUGGGCUAUGGACCUUUUUCUACAUUGGGUAUAGUUAAUUUUUUCCAAGGGGGGUACUUGAAAUUUGUCCUGAAAGCUUAGUGUUUUGGAUCUUCUUUUCUUUCUUUUCCUGGUUUUAUUGUAAAAGUUGGAAAGGACAGCUCUUUGUGAGGUUGGAAAUACAACAGUUGGGACUAUCCCCUCCCCCUUUCAUUUUGGUAAGAGGAAAUAUCAGUUUAGCAGCAGCCUUCAGUAUGACUUGCGGUCUGUUGUUACUUCUUUGUUGAAUUUAUUUCC